AGCGCGACGACGUCCAUCACAGCUCCAAUGGCACAUCCACGCUCCUUCCUCGCUCCCCUGAGCAGAAUAACCGCCCCGUCAAUAGCGUCCGCGCGGCCGACGUUAACGCAAUUAGCCGCCCUCCCGCUGCACCAGACGUCAAUACGAUGCAAAACGACAAAGGCACCCGAUGCGAAGAAGAGGAAGGCGCGCAAGCACUACCUCCAGUCUGACCUCAAGAAAGCAGACCAGUUCUCGCUGAUAGAUGCGAUGCACUACAUCCGCGCCUUCGAAGUCGGCCGCACCCCGACGUCCUCCAAGUACGAAGUACACGUCCGCUUCCGCACGCUCAAGAACGGGCCCUCUGUCCGCAACCGCCUGCGCCUGCCGCACCCCGUCAAGACCGACCUGCGCAUCUGUGUCAUCGCACCCCCAGGCUCCAAGGCCGCUGCCGACGCCCGCGCGGCAGGCGCCUCGCUCGUCGGCGAGGACGAAGUAUUUGCACAGAUCAAGGAGGGCAACAUCGACUUCGACCGCUGCAUAUGCCACAUGGACAGCCUGCAGAAGAUGAACAAGGCCGCGUUGGGAAGAAUCCUGGGUCCCAAGGGGCUGAUGCCGUCGACGAAGACGGGGACCGUGGUCACCAAUGUUGGGGCGACGGUAAAGUCUAUGGUGGGCGCAAGCGAGUACAGGGAGAGAGAUGCGGUGGUACGGCUGGCGGUUGGGCAGCUGGGGUUCACGCCCGAGGAGAUGCAGACGAAUAUCAAGGCGUUCAUGGAGACGUUGAAGAAGGAUAUUGCGCGGUUGAAUGGCACACCCAAGGAGAUCCACGAGGUGGUGCUCAGCUCGACAAACUCGCCAGGGUUCACGCUGAAUGGGGAUUUCAAGGGCCCGGAUUCCGUGUCGGCGAGGGCGUUGUCGGGACCGUUGUAGCGGAUGGUCGAGCAUUUUGUACAAGACCGCUUUUGUAAACUUCCACUAGAUGUACAAAUAAUGUACAAUACGUACUUUUCCGGCCAGGACGCCACGCUGCGCUUGCAGUCUUUGCUACGCUAUGCUGG